AUGCGUCAUGUUGCUGAGACUCUUUCUAUUGAUUUGGAGAUCUCUUCAUCUACAGCUGUUAUAGUUUUAUCUACAAGCUGCUUGGAUGCAGAGGCUUCUUAUGGUUUCUCCUAUUAUGACCCUACGAUUGCUGAGCUUAGGGAACAAGCAGCUCUAUCUUACUUUGGUUGCGUGUUUCAGCCAUCUGAUGAAGAAGCUGAAGCUUUCCAGAUUACUCAAAAACCAAAUUCGCCAUUGCAGAAAGUUCCUGAGGCAUUAGAUUUCAGGAACAGAAGAAGAGACGCAGCUGUGUUUGCUAUAAACAAUGCUUUGAGGAUUCACCCGAUGCCUUUGCUUGGUACCGAUGAGAAUAGGGAUGGUACUGUGCAGGAGGCUGAGAUCUCACCUGUGAUUGGAAACUUUGAGGUUAAGGCUUAUCCACAGUUACUGAAACUGUGUGGUGAUAUGGACUCAGCAGGGCUCCAUAAGUUUGUAUCAGACAACCGCAAGAACCUUGCAUCACUAAAGGAGGAGAUUCCUGUGGCGUUCAAGGCUGCAGCAAACCUGGCGAGCUUGGUGUUGAACUCUUUGGAAGGUUUUUACCCCAUGGAGGCACCAAACACUGAUGGGAAGAAAGACGCUAACCUCUUGGGGAUGCGUAGGACCUGUAUCAUGUUGAUGGAGUGCCUUAGCAUACUGUUAUCUGGUUUAGACAGAAACUCCCUUGCUGCUGUUCUUCAAAAGAUGUUAAGCAGAGAACAAAAGCUAUUGCUGAAGGAUGGAAUCCACUGCUGGGAAAUCUUGAGAUGGAUGCCUGCAAUGGUCAGGGAUAACAGAACAGACUGGGUUCUCAAAGUGAAUGAACCAAUAGCAGGAAACUACUAUCCGCUUAAUCUGGGAAUCUACACAAAAGACAAGAAAGUAGAGUUGUCGGUGCUGGUUGAUAGGGCUACUGGUGGUGGUAGUAUCAAAGACGGUGAAAUAGAAUUGAUGCUCCACAGAUUCCAAAAUUCAUCUUAUAUGUAG